UUUUCCCCAAAGAUUCUGAAUGGAGCUACAACCUUCAAAUGACACAUUUAGUUUCACCCUCCAAAUUGCCACAUUUGAUGUCUCACCAGAAGCUAUUUAUCCUGUUUUUGUCACUGGAACUUUGAUAUAUCUUUUUGCUGUAUUUUGUAAUGUAACUAUUUUAGCAUUGAUUGUUACUCAGCAAAGUCUUCACAAACCAAUGUUUUACAUUUUGUUCAGCCUUCCUCUGGCAGAUCUAAUAGGGAUCACAUGUGCAUUUCCCAGGGUGCUCGUGGAUGUUGUAACCCAAACAAGUGUGGUCUAUUAUCCAACAUGUGUCCUACAGGCUUUUUUGCUUCACAUGUAUGGAGGUAGUGUACUUUUUAUUCUGGCAGCCAUGUCAUUUGAUCGCUACAUAGCAAUAUGCAAGCCACUCAGAUAUAAUUCGAUAAUGAAUCCAUACACAGUUAGUAGUGUCAUAACUCUGGCUUGGGGCCUUGAUUUUGUCAUGAUAGUUGUGUUGUUUGCCCUUCAGGCAAGAUUUCCAAAAUGUAAGACAUUUAUUGUUAAUGUGUAUUGUGAUAAUGUAUCUUUGCUCCAACUGUCAUGUGGUGGUGACUUUACUGUGAACAAUAUCUAUGGGUUAGGAAUAACAGGGUUUAUGCAGGGCAUUAGUUUGAUCAUUCAGUUAUUCUCCUAUGUACAAAUCCUUAAGGUCUGCCUUCAUCACACACAAACCGAUGCUAGAAUUAAGGCUGUAAACACAUGUUUAGCACAAGUAAUUUCAUUUAUUUUGUAUGAACUAGUUUCUAGUAUUGCAAUACUUUCAUAUCGGUUUCAGAAUGUACACCCGAAUACACGAAAGAUAUUCGGUAUGUUGAUUUUCACAUUCCUUCCAGUUGUUAAUCCAAUUUUAUAUGGGGCAAAAACAAGAGACAUUAGAAAAGCAUUCUUGAUAGUGUUAAAAAAACGAAAGGUUAUGUUCACUUAAUAGAGGCACAACAGACAUUACUUUAAAUUUUAACUUUUAAUAAACAAUAGCUUUAAUAGAAAACAUUCAGUUUUGCUUUACCUGAUAAAAAUAACAAUUUGCAAUGGAUUUUGACUUCUAUAAAUGUCUCAUUCAACCAAUAUUAAAAAAAGGCCCUUUUUUCUUGUGAAACUUUCAUAAACCAAUGUUUCACAU